AUGUCUGCAAACGUGCAAUCUACGAUUGAGGCUUUCAGAAGCAUUUUUGGUGACCGUGUUAUUACAUCAGCUGCCGCAUCCUAUGAAGCUUCAACCAACCAGCCAUGCUCUGCCGGAGCCUAUGUCAAAGUAGAGAGUGCCCAGGAGGUUGCCGACGUUCUUGCCAUCAUCAAACAGACAGGUACCAAGUUUGCGGUCCGAUCUACCGGCCACAACUUCAAUCCGGGGUUUAGUAGCUGCGAUGAGACCGGGAUUGUGAUUGAUCUUAGCUUACUUCAGAGCCGUGAGAUCAGCGCCGACCGGAGUAUCGCCCAUAUUGGGGCUGGAAACCGCUGGGGCGUGGUCUACGAAUGGCUCGAAGAGAACGGUCUCUCCGUGAUUGGUGGCCGUGACCCCUCCGUCGGCAUGGGCUUUCUUAUAGGCGGCGGCAUGGGCGCUGUACCCAACCGUCACGGUCUGGGCGCUGAUGGUAUCAAGAACCUCCAGGUUGUUUUGUCUGAUGGAAGAAUUGUCAACGCCAACCAUGAAGAGAAUGCCGAACUCCUCCAAGCACUGAAGGGGGGUGGCACUAAUUUCGGUAUCGUCACCCAAAUCGAUCUCUUCACCCACCCCUUGAUUAAGCUGCAAUAUAAUAUCACUCUUUACAACCCCGAUAACUACGUUGAGAUCAAUAAAGCUACCGUCAAGAUCCAGCAGGAAAUGGAGAAGGACCCCAAGAUUGGGAUGUUCACAAACUACAAUUCCGCAUUUGUCGCCGUUGGACUUAUCUAUGCGGACACUUCCGAGAAGAAGUCAGAAGCCUUCAAAGCAUUUGAUUUGAUCUCUACGAGUGCUGCCAAGAUUGGGAUGGCAUGCGAUACGCCCAAUGGCACCUUGUUUUCACUUGCUAAGGUUAUGUCACACCCCGGUAUUGAUCUAAAGCGCUAUGUCGGCACCUUGACCACAAAGUUUUCGGAGGAGCUUUACGCAGUAGCCUACAAUGCCUGGAGAGAGGCUCUUAAGACGCUUCCUGAGGGUGUGAUGUUGCAUUAUACAAUCCAACCACUUGGACCAGACUGUGUUACAGCCGGCGAAGCGAAAGGUGGGAACAUUAUGGGCCUGGAGAAGGUUUCACAAGUUUGGUGGGUGUUUACCGUUGAGUGGCCACAAGAGGGCAGCGACGAGGCCGCCCAAAAGGCCGUCGACUCGUGCAUUGAUGCUCUCACAGCAUCCGCCAAGUCUCAGGGCUUGCUACUGAACUAUCUCUGCGCGAGCUUCGCAAACCUGAACCAGGAUGUGAUCCACAGUUAUGGUGCAGAGAACGUGAAAAAGAUGCGGGAAGUGUCUCACAAAUACGAUCCCGAACAGCUUUUCCAGAAACUGCAGAACAAUGGAUUCCUUCUUCGUGACGCGUAG